AUGAAGUUCACCACGAUUGCUACUGCCCUGGCCGCUGUCACCACCGCCAUCGCCACCCCUCACACUGCUAAGCGCGAUCUCUACCCUAUCUCCGUAACCGACCUGACCGCAAGCUACUACGACCAAUCCAAGCCCGAAACCACGCUGGUCAACUUCAAAAUGAGCGACCCCAAUACCAACAUUGACACAUCCUGCGAUUCCCUCUGGUCCAUCGGCCAAGCCGCUACCAUCAAGUUCAACUGCUCCGACCCAAGCUACCAGUUGAGCUUCCCGAACGGCAUCUACAAUGUAGAGGACUUUUUGAUUGAGAUCUCGCGGACCGAUGGCUCCGAGUCAGGCAAGGCUCGUGCAUAUGGUACUUCGUGGAAGUGUGAGAAGCACGAUGGGUAUCCCUCCGAGACGUGUGCCUGGGAUGGAGUUUUCCAUGUUGGUUUCAGCCAGUGA